UUUCUAUGCAAUCUCUCUCUCUCUCUCUCUACUCAUACACAACUAUAAUUUUUGGAUUUGUCAAGAAGAUACCAGUAGAAAUCUUGAGUGAGUUGAACCUUUUGGGAACCAAGUUAUGGAGCCUAAGGGCCAUAGAAGAGCUAGGAGGAAAGAUCCUAAUACUCAGGAAAAUGGUGAUGUGAGCACAUUGACUGUUGAUGAUGAACUGGAUCCAUGGACUGCGUGGGCAUACAAACCUCGUACCAUUUCAUUGUUACUUAUUGGUGCAUGUUUUCUUAUUUGGGCUAGUGGAGCUCUUGAUUCUGAAAACAGUUCAACUGGUGAUCCUGUUACAUCUGUGAAAAGAGGCAUAUGGGCAAUGAUUACGGUGUUUCUUGCUUACUGCUUGCUGCAAGCUCCUUCAACAAUACUUAUUAGGCCGCACCCUGCAAUUUGGCGCCUAGUACAUGGAAUGGCUAUUGUUUACCUGGUCUCUCUGACCUUCUUACUUUUCCAGAACCGUGAUGAUGCUCGGCAAUUCAUGAAAUAUCUCCAUCCUGAUCUCGGUGCUGAACUUCCUGAGAGAUCUUAUGGUGCUGAUUGCCGAAUUUAUGUGCCUGAAAAUCCCACAAGCAGGUUUAAGAAUGUUUAUGAAACACUUUUUGACGAAUUUGUUCCAGCUCAUAUCUUUGGAUGGUGGGGAAAGGCUAUUAUGAUUCGCAAUCAGCCCCUUUUGUGGGUACUAUCAUUUGGAUUUGAGUUAAUGGAGCUUACCUUCUGCCACAUGUUACCUAACUUCAAUGAGUGCUGGUGGGACAGUAUUGUUCUUGAUAUAUUCAUCUGUAAUUGGUUUGGUAUAUGGACUGGAAUGCAUACUGUUCAGUAUUUUGAUGGUAAGACUUAUGAAUGGAUUGGGAUAAGCCGUCAGCCAAAUCUUAUAGGCAAAGUCAAAAGAACUCUGGGUCAAUUUACACCAGCACGGUGGGAUAAAGAUGAGUGGCACCCCCUUCUUGGUCCUUGGCGUUUCAUUCAUGUUCUGUUUCUUGUUGUUAUGUUCUUGACUGUGGAACUGAACACAUUCUUUCUCAAGUUUUGUCUUUGGAUUCCUCCUAGAAACCCACUGGUCGUGGAUAGGUUGGUGUUGUGGUGGCUAAUUGCUAUACCAGCGAUACGUGAGUACAAUUCUUACCUGCAAGACAGAACGCCAGUGAAAAAGGUGGGAGCAUUUUGUUGGCUUUCUCUUGCGAUCUGCAUUGUCGAACUCCUCAUCUGUAUCAAGUUUGGGCACGGAUUAUUCCCCAAUCCGAUGCCUACAUGGUUGGUAAUCUUCUGGACAUCAGUCGGAAUUAGCCUGGUGGUAUUCUUGGUUGUGUGGCCGUGUCAAUUUCAUCGCUCUUUGGGCAAAAAGUGGCAGUGAUUUUACCUGUGAUUUCAUCGUUCUUUGAUUUCUCUCUGAUGUUUUCGGUAACUAAUCAUAUUCUAGGUACUCAUCAACCUCCUACUUUGUAAAUGCUUGCUAUCUUAGUAUUAGGCAAUCACAGUAAAUAUGAAUUCUUUUGUUAGGUAGUGGGAAAAGUCUAACAAUGUAAGUCAGAGUUGGAAAUUUAUCUUUGGG